UACUCUGCAGUUGAUGAAAGGAUGAUGGUAAGUAUCUGCACUCUUGUUGCUACUGUAUCCUUCACCCUGGUCCAGGCUAGCUAUGAGUCCCAGCAAGAGUAUGAGUACAGGGAGGAGAAGGAGGUUGAGGGAUCUCCAGGUAGUGAUGAGAGCAGAGAUGAUACUGAGAGGAGUCUUCAGGAGUUUAAAGAGAUCAUUAAAGAUGGUAUUGAGGCACGAAGUGACUGGAUCCCUAUACACAGUAGUUCCAAUCCAGAUGAACUUGUAGAAAAGUUUGGAUUUGCAGCGAGAACAUUUAAUCUGCUCGGAGGUGGUGAGGAAGAAGAAAAAUACGUUGAUUAUGAGCCAGAGUACAAACCUGAGUACAAGUCCCUCCCACCAGUCUAUGUACCAGUAGUCGAUAACACACCGUUGUACGCAGCGCCAAGCUAUUCCCCUAGCUACUCUGCUCACUCUGCCGCACAAGUACAUCACUCUUCCGUGCCAGUACAUCAUCCGCCCGCGCCUCCCGUCCACGUGACCCACGUGGUGCAGCAGUGUGAUACUAAGGGAUCUUACUGUAUGUGUCACUACUGCAAGUGUGAGAAGGGACAUGUUACCUGCAAAGACUACUAUGAAGGCUAUGGUGAAGGGCGGUCGUUUAGCCAAGUUCUAAUGCAAAGAAUGGGUUCAAUCCUUGAGUCUAUUACCGCUAGAAACGAUGCUGUAGGUAAAAAGUAUUGUUACGGCGAAGCAGAGGGAGAAUUUUGCAAUUGUGAUUUUUGCAAGUGUCAGCAUGGGUACGGGAUAAAAGGAGGAUACAGCAGUUGUGUGCAUUGAAAACGAUAUUCAGAAAAAUCCAGAAAAUCAGAGUGUUAAUCAGUCGCUCAUUGUCAAUUCUUAUGGCUUAAGGAUUAUUUAAAAUUGUUUGUUUUCAUAAAACAUCAAAUAAUGUCAGUACCUUGAU